CAUGCCCAUCGUCGAGACCGAUGCCGUUGGCAGUAGUCGAUCCGUCCGCAGUUGUCCCCGGAUGCUCCUUGGCUGGCUGCCUUGGUCGUCUCCAGGACGCCGGAACUCUGCUCACCGAAUCUGCAAGUCACCCUUGGAGCGGGCCUGGCGACCCAGAUCCUGGGCAACCCACUCUUCCGCCCAACGCCCCAGCGAUGAGGACGCAGUCAGCGAAUCCGCCCUGUCUGCGUCCAAGAUUGCCUGCCCGACCAACGUUCGACUCUCCCCGUCGUCGGCCGCCUGUCCGAUCGCCGCCAACACUCAACCUCAUCGGCGACAGCACCCCCCCCCAAAAUGGCAAACGCGUCGCGGCGGGACAAGGACAGUUUUUGUCACACCUAUGGGCAUCGCGCCCUUGGGCCACAUGUGUUUGGCCUGGCCGUUGUCUCGGGGAGGGGUGGGAGCCAACCCAAACGGCCGCUCGCGUCUCUCGUUGCUCCCCGACUCGCAAAUGUCCCUGGCGAGCCCAGACCGACUGCCCUGCCCAUCGGCCGAGCUCAACUGCUCCGCCAUCAUCUGCAGCGGCCCCGUCGGGCCCUCGGUGCCGAUCGCCAGCGUUACGGCCCAUGGCGGCACCAAUUUAGCCGGUUACGGACCCAAGCCGCGGUUACCGCCCAUCGACCCCCCUCCUCGACCGACCACCCACACCGCCAAUGGGUAUCGAGAGCGUCCAUGUUUGGCGCACACGGUUGCGCAUUUGAAUACUCUCCAUUGUAUCUGGAGCUCAGAGCCC